AUGAACAAGGGGAUUGACAUCUCCAGGAAAUGUGAUACAAUCUGUACGGAAAAGGAAGAUUUAGUCGUAGAGCGUGGGUUUGUAGGUAACCUUUCUGAAUAUGGUUACAUCACUCACAAAAGUAAAAAUGGAACCGCUAUAGGUCCACUCCACUAUGGAGGAAAACUUAUCGAAGCUGAUAAGGGGGAUCUCGUAGAAGCUACGAUCUAUUACCACACAAAAUAUGAGAACGAUCCGGAAACAAUUGAAAAGCCUCUUUUCCUAAGGCUGUAUUACGGAGGAUUGCAUUACCUCUAUGAAAAUAUCAGCACUGAAAAUAACGUAAAGUGGAGUGAUAUUACUCCUACUUUUGGGACUAAGCAAAUCCCAGUAAAGAACCAAACAAAUUCUGAAUUUACCAAUAAGCUCAAUGGUCUCACUUGUACUCUUUACCAUCUUCAUUCUGUCAACAUUCAUGCAAAAGAUAGUUAUAACUGUCCGUGUGGUCAGACCAAGGUUGAAGUUGUUAAAAAUGAGGAUGAUGAUGUCCCUGGAUAUAAAAAGUAUACACACAAAUACGAUGAAAAUGCAGGAUCAAUUAGAUACGGAAAGGUUAGCCUUGAAGAUGAUGGGAAAGCCCUUACACUCAAUAGUCUAACCAGGGAUCUUUCCGUCUACUAUUGGGCAAAAGACAAUGAUCAUAGGAAACCCCUGCUUAUGGAAGUUGCCGUAGGGGACUUUGGAGGUAUGAAAGUUCCGGCUGGAAAUGAUGGAAAGGAACAUAACAAGGAGUGGACUAUGAUAGCGCCUGAAGAUGGUGAUGGUUUGAUAAAAUUAUCUCAAGCUGAACUUACACUCAGACUUCAAGAACACAAGUGCAAGCUCUUCCAUCCAGUAGAUAUAGACAUUACCGAGGAGAGUGAAUAUAAAAAUCAGUACUGUGAUACUAUGGACUGCAAAAAUAACGUCUGUCCUAAGAAUGUGCAAGUUACUGAUUACAGUAAUUAUGUACCAACUGGAUACAAAGCCAGGAGGCACACCUAUGGAGAAGGAAAGACAUUCACUAUAACUGGGUUCACUAAUGGACCGGCCGAACUUCAAGUGGGAUCCUUUCCAAUAUGGGAUGUUAUGGAGGUAAUAGCAUUUUUCUCCAAGUGUGAAAAUAACCCUGAUGAUCCAGCUACCAAAACACCUCUUCUGAUUUAUGUUGGCAGUAAUGGCGGAAAAGAUCAUAAGUGGUACAAGAAUGAGGAUAAGAAUGAAAAUAAGUGGGUAGUGGAGAAUGGACUAGGGAAUGAUCCUCCGGAUAAAGCUAGUAACCUUGUAACAACUCUAGACAGUAUUAAGAAUAAGUUGCAGAUUGAGUAUGAAAGACCUCCUACUCCAGAACCUCAAGUUAUUGCUCCUCUUUCUACUACUCCUGGUCCUGGAGGUUCUUGCGGUAAUAAACCCGUAGAAUAUCUUGAACAAGAACUAUUGAAUGUGAUUGGUCCUCUUACCGAGUUUGGAUUAGGUAUAGCUGGAUUUACUGUAGCAGAUCUAGCUCAUAACCUAUCUGAGGAGCUGAAGUUGGCUCUUAGACUGGUUAAUAAUGCUCUUGAACGUAUACCUGAUGUUAAGGCCGCUACUAGUGAUAGAGAAGCUAGAGCUAAAGCACUCCCUAAAGGUGUAUCAUCUGUUCGAGCUAUUGAUCCCGCACAUCUUGGACAGAAUGGACUUCAACGUGAGGAAGUUCCAGCUGCUGACUUAUCUGACCAGGUUCCUGAUACGGAGUCUGAGACUAAGAUACUCCUAGAAGGUACUCCUGUAGCUCAGCAAGAUAUACAACAACGUUCUGAACAUGAUAAUCGCACUGAAGACCAAGGACCUCUCGGAGCUGGACCAGACAAAGCUGAGAUGGAACUGGAAGAGAAGCCUAAAGAUGAAGCUAAUCAUGCUGAAAGUACUGAAUUAGGAGGUAAAAAGCCUGUAAAAGAGGAAGAUGAUGUAGCUAAAGUUGAAGAAUACCCCAGUAGAACCAAAGAAAUUCAAUUCCCUGAUCAAAAAGACCUUUCUGAAGAAUCUCAAGAUCCCAGAGAACUGAAAACAGUACCUAAAGGAGAUGAAGAUGCUGCUCAACCUGAAGCUCGUAAAAUCUCAGUCUCUUUUCCUCCUGGAAUCCGUGGUCAUGGUCCUCAAGCUCGAGAUACUCAAAAGCCUAAUCCUCAAGAUAUUAAGACUACCAUCUCUGUAACUACAGGUAUUCUUGGCACUUCUGCCUUGGCUUGUUUCACUGGAUGGAAACUUUAUAACCGCUAUAAAGGAGAUCCCUGGGUUAGACAGAUUUAG